GGCAAAAUGGGCUUGGUCGACAGCGCAAAGGAGGUCGCCACGACUCCGUAGCCUUUGGCGUGCAUCGUCGUCCUUGUCGAGAUGCAACACAACUCGUUUUGUUCACUGUUUCUGUUUCCUUGAUUCUGUCGCUCUUUUCCCAGUGAAGGAGGCCCUUCACCCAAUGUCUGGCACAUCUUUCUGGUACUUUUCCUGUUUCUACCGGUGCCACCAACGGCCAUGUCACUCGCUUACAGCUUCCGCCGUGCUCUGGCAGUAGCUAUCUUCACAGUACCGCUGCUUCAUGCCCAACAGUGUUUCUAUCCGGAUGGAACGCUUUCCUCAGACACGCCUUGUAUUACAGGUUCCGAUUCAUCAUGCUGCGCUGCGAGCUCAUUCUGCUUGGACAAUGGGCUGUGUUUUGGAAGUGGUAUCGUGAGCAGGGGGAGCUGCACAGAUAAGACAUGGCAGAGUGGAGCAUGUGCUUCGUACUGCACAACAAAAUCACCGGGCUCGAGCAUACCGCUCACACCAUGUGCAACAACGGAUGGCGCGAGCACUUUCGUGUGUGGUCUCGACGGCACAGCGUGUAAGAAAGACUCGAACACUUUUCCCAUGGCAGGAGGAGCGUCUUUUGUACUGCGAGAGGCACAGGUUGCGGCUAUGGUUGCGCCAGUGCUGGCAAGCAUGUCUGCUUCAGCCUCUGCUUCGCCCAACUCCUCAGCAUGUGCGAGCGGAUCACUUUAUACCGGAGGACAAAUGGCAGGCCUCGGAAUUGGUCUGGCUAUACCACUUCUGAUUGCCGCAUGUGCUGCCAUUUUCUUAUGGCAGAAGGAACGAGCAAGGACACCGAAAUUGAUGUACCAGCUCCCGGACGAUGACUUCAAGUCACCGCCGCCUCCACGACCUGCGGUGCAUUUCAUUCCAGCAUCUCGAGACAAUAGCGACGCAUGCAGCUUCCGAACUGUCACGCCCGAGAUCGUGCAAAUAUCCGGACGAACAACUCCGCAGCACAAACCAGAUCACCUGCAAUCAUUCCAAGAAAGAUACCAUGCCAUGAACAAGAGUCUGAUCGGCAUCUCCGUCCAAGAGCUUGACGGACAGCCAGUGGGCUCGGCAUUCAAUUCUAGACAACAGCAACAGCCUAUUGCACUACACAACAGACCGCCGAAUGCCACAAGACCGCAGAGGCCACGAUGAUCAGAUGGACAGAUGCUGCCGUGUACGCGAAUUACGUGAAUGAUAGCUUAGCGAGGCGUUAUGGUUUUGGCUGUCUUCGAGAACGCUCACUAACAACAUAUCGCAACUAUAGCCAGAUAACGAUAAUCCAGCACAGUGUCAUGCUUUUCCGUCACC